AAAAAUUGAAAAAAAAAACGGAAUAAUAUACUUCAAUUACUAUCAAACUUGUAAUUAAACUUAAAUAUACUAUAUAAUUUAUAUUUUAAAUUUAUUUUCAAAUAAUUAAAGUAUUAAAUAUUAAAUUUUUAUUUAAAAAUAAAUUAUUAAAUGACCAUUAUUAUUUAUCACUGACAAAUAAUAAAAAUAUAAAUAAUAAUCUAAAUGUGAUAAAAUAAUUAUUUAUCAAUCAUAAACGAUAAAGAUAUAAAAAAUUUAAAACUGAAAUAUCAAAUAAUAUAUAUUAUUACUUUUAUUGUAAAAUUUUGGUGUCAUUGUUAGAGCUGACAGAAAAUAUUUGACACCAAAACACCAAAUUUGGUGUAGUUUUCACAUCAAAUUUGGUGUCAUUAUUGGAGAUGCUAUAAGAUUAUAGAAUACUAAGACUUUUGAUUUCCAAAUUAUUUAAAAUAAAAAGAUUAUUUUUAAUAGUUAUGAUUAUUCUUAAAAAUUAUAAAAUUAUAAAAAUAAUAUAUAAUUUUCAUAUAAUGGUUAUACUCGCAACCACCUAGUAUUUUGUAAAAGAUGGAGGAAUCCUGUGAUUUUCAAGGGUAUUACUGAUGAUGGUGAGCUUGUUUCUGCACCAUCUAUAUUGUCAGGAUCGUAUUGUAUUAUAUAUUUCAAUCCUGAGGAGAAAUAGUAUUAGAGAAGCCUUGUUUGAAGGAGUCAAGGGUGAGACGCCGUUGUGGACUUGCUCCGUCAAGGAGUCUUCUUCCUUUGUAGAACCACCACCUUUGUAGCCCAUUGCUCUCCAGUUUUACUUUGUUCUUUGUUUCUCCUUUCAAUGACAGUUAGUUUUUUCAAUUAAAUUAUUACUCUUUUCUUGUGUUCCAUUAACUGUGCACCUCAGUGUUACUUUUUUUUGUGAUUCAUUCAGUUCUUGCCUGUGCAGUUACUUAGAUUUACUCUCAAGCCACAAGAAUCACUUAUAACUGAAACAGAUCUUUAUUUCUUAACAUGAUCAAGAGUCAGACAGUGAUCAGAAAAGCUGUAAAAUCAACUACGUACAUUGCUUAUUUUUUUGUCUUCUUGUGUUGUCUUUUUUCUUAACGAUUAGUUUAGCUAAAAUUGGAUGUAUAUAUCUCCCUACAGAGAUCGCUGCAAGUCGAUCGUUCUACAUUUAUUGUUGUAAGCCUCAAUGUUUCUUAUUUGUUUAUUUAUUUAUUUGUUUCUUUAGGUUUUAGUUUUUUUUCUUCAUAGGGAAACCGUUUUGCUAAAUUGAUUGUCGCCCGUAGAGUAAUCGUUCUUAACAUUUUUUCCCUUUAAUUUCUUUUGUUAAGUAAAGAGGAAAAAAGGGUUCAAUUUCUUUUGUAUCAUAAUUAUUUUAGGCCCUUAAAUAAAUUAGAGAGUUUUUAAGGGGUUCAAUUUCUUUUGUAUCAUAAUUAUUUUAGGUCUGUUUUCGGUUUUUCCAAGUCGGUCUAUUACAUCGUACGGCCUACAAACUUUUAUCUAUACUGAAACCCUAAGUAGAAACGAUUCAAGUCAAAAGGAAAAUAUAAUUUGCAAGAAAGAAUGAUUAACAAGAUAAGACUACGAGAGCGACCCAGAGAGGACAGAUCACAACCAAGCAAUAUUCCUAAUGAUCUAACCAUGGAGAUACUCUCAAGACUUCCUGUGAAUUCAAUCGUGAGAUUUGGAUGUGUCUCGAAGCGAUGGUCCUCUUUAACCAGACUUCCCAAUUUUAACAACUUGUUCAUGUCUUCAAGGAAGCCGCGUCUCCUCCUGGUCACCUUCUCAACAGGGUUGAAGCAAUAUGGUAUAUUGUUUCCUCAACACCAGAAUCCUGACGGUUCUUAUCCUCCGUUCUACAGUUUUCAAAUUAAGAACAUUAAUCAUCCGACCUAUGCUCGAUCCGAGAGUGUUCAGGGAUUGAUUUUACUACCCGGUUUCCAAAUUUGGAACCCGACCGUGAGGCAAUUUUCAUCCUUACCACCACCCAAUGAACACAACCCGAAUCAAAAUUGUAAGUGUUAUUUAGGAUACGAUCCGUUGGAGGGUAAACACAAAGUUCUCUGCAUUGUACAUUCCGAGGAGGUAUGGGUUCUUACAUUGGGAGCUCAAGAAUCAUGGAGGAUACCAACCAAAGGUAUCCCUAAGCAUUAUCCGGAAGCAUAUGGGCCAUGCAUCAAUGGAGUUUUGUAUUACAAAGCUCAUCUUUUUGAUUAUGAUUGGCAAGAAAUAAUAAUGAGCUUUGAUGUUAAAUCUGAAAGUUUCAGUCCGAUAAAGUAUCCCAAGGCUCUUUCUCGUUUGGAGUUUGAUAUGUUACCUUAUGAGGGAAGGGUAGCCUUGGUUAAUUAUAAAAAUAACUUGAGUAAAGUUGAUCUCUACAUUUUGAAGGAUGCAGAUGGACAAGAAUGGACACAUCAAAGCUUUAAUAACAUGAUUUGUGAAAGCACAUUGAGAUCUCCUGUGGUUUUCAAGGGUAUUACUGAUGAUGGUGAGCUUGUUUUUGCACCAUAUUUGUUGUCAGAAUCGUACUGUAUUCUGUAUUUCGAUCCUAGUAGAAAUAGUACUAGGGAAGCCUUGUUUGAAGGAGUUAAGGGUGAGAUUAGACGCUGUUGUGGAAUUGCCACCCGCAAUAUUUACAUUAUGGAUGUUUUCCCAAAUCACAUCCAGAGUGUCGUGUAUUUGUAAAGCAGGGCACUCUCUUGCUCAAUGCUAUUCAUAUAUUUUCUUGUGUUCCUUUUCAUUGACAAUUAUUUUUUAUGAAAAUUAUAUUAUUGGCU